CUGGUCGCCUGAUGAAGACACCCAACCCCGACAUCUUUCUUCCACUCUUCCUUUGAACCACUAUUUCUAGUCAUAGCUCUAGUCCAGAUCCAGCUCUCACUUCCUUCUUCUUCCUCCCUUGGAUCAAGAAAACUUUCUCUUACGUGCGCUCUCGCUCUCUUCGACGAUCCGAUGGCGCGCUUCGAUCCCCCAACCUCCCCUUCGUCUCCUCUCCGUCUCGUUAUCUAUGGCCACUUACUUGUUCUCUUCUUUUGCUUUGGCGAUGCCUCGGUUCACGACUACACGGGGGAGAAGUUCGCGGCCAAAGGCAACGCCUUUGUCCUCCACGGUGGCAGCGAAGGCCUCUACGCCUCCGUCCCCAGCCCCAACGCCACCGCCGCCGGAAAUGGCGACUCCUUCAUCCGGUUUGAAAAGAUCACUUUCAGAAGGACGGAGAAAGCUGUUGCAGCCAGUAAAGACACUGAUUCGGGGAAGGUGCAAGCCAUAGUUUUUGAGAUAGAUGAUCGAGAGUCAAUUGGUGGGUCAGCAUAUGGUGGUCAGAGAGCUAUUUGCUGCACCCGUGAUCUCGCAAAAUUAGGUGUGUGCACUCAAGGUGCGGUCAUUUACCGCCCCUCCACCCAGAACCCUGAGUGGCCGCAAGUGCUUGUUGCUUCUUUCAAUGGAAAGGAUCCUGUUGCAACAUUACAAUCCCAAACUAUAACCAUCCCCAGACCUGGGAUGUAUAACCUGUACUUCAUAUAUUGUGAUCCUGCACUUGAUGGACUGGUCAUUGAAGGAAAGACCGUGUGGAAAAAUCCAACCGGCUACCUACCAGGAAGGAUGGCCCCUCUCAUGAAUUUCUAUGGAUUCAUGUCACUUGCUUUUGUCAUUCUUGGAAUCUUUUGGUUCUCUCAGUAUGCAAGAUUUUGGAGAGAGAUCCUUCCACUUCAGAACUGCAUAACACUUGUUAUUACAUUGGGCAUGUUUGAAAUGGCAUUAUGGUAUUUUGAGUAUGCAGAGUUCAAUGAAACUGGAGUCCGACCAAAGGGGAUCACAUUUUGGGCUGUAACAUUUGGUGCAGUUAAAAGAACAGUCUCACGUAUCAUCAUCCUUGUUGUUGCUAUGGGGUUUGGUGUUGUCAGGCCUACUCUGGGUGGUCUCACUUCCAAAGUGCUUAUGCUUGGAGCAACUUUUCUUCUAGCUUCUGAAGUUCUUGAAUUGGUAGAGAAUGUUGGGGCUGUAAGUGAUCUUUCUGGAAAAGCAAGGUUGUUCCUGGUUCUUCCAGUGGCAGUUUUGGAUGCUUUCUUCAUUCUUUGGAUAUUCACUUCUCUCUCCAAAACACUGGACAAACUCCAGGCAAGACGGUUGAUGGCUAAGCUAGACAUCUACAGAAAAUUCACAAAUGCAUUGGCUGUUGCUGUUAUUUUAUCUGUAGGUUGGAUUGGCUAUGAGCUUUAUUUCAAGUCUACUGAUGUCUACAACGAGCGUUGGCAAAGUGCUUGGAUCAUUCCUGCCUUUUGGCAGGUUCUCUCCUUCUCCCUUCUCUGUGUGAUCUGUGCUCUCUGGGCACCCUCUCAGAACUCAAUGAGGUAUGCUUACUCAGAUGAUGCAAGUGAAGACUUUGAACGUGAGGAUACCCUUUCACUAAUAAAGCCAAAGCCUAUUCCUUCUAAGGAUGGUUGGAGUUCUUCAGCUUCACCAGAUGCCAAAGCUCCGCUGAACAUCAACACUACCACCUCACACAAUGGGGACAUGGAAGAAGAUAAACGAGAAUAAUCAUCUACUUGAUUGAGCUGACCAGUGCAUUCUGGUACAGAAAAUUGAAUCAGGGAUGAUACAUGUACUAUUUUCUGCUGUUGAGGAGAAACUAGCAUCUGAUGGUGUAUUUUUUUUUUACUUUCUUUAUUUAUUCUUAUUUUCUUGUGGUCCCAGUUCAUUGUAUUGCAUUCUCAUGCCAUAAGACUCUCAAAUUUAGGAAUUAGUUAAUACCAGAAUUUAUGAAAUUUGUCACAGAUUUUGUGGUUGCAGUCUCA